CCUCGAGCACUCUACAGUCUAGAAAGACCACAACGGCUAUCCCUCCAUGAUGGAGAGCAGCUUCAGAUUACCCUUUAAACCCUCUAUAUAUUGGUUUCCAUACUAUAUAUACGAUAUCAUGGCCGUCUAUGCGUACUGAGUCUGGUUCCUGAAGAUCUCAUUCCACUUCCUGCGUCAUAGGGCCGGUCCCCACUCUCCGCUCUCCGCCUUCGCAGUUGCAUCUCCCAUGUCUGCUCCAGGGCCAACCCAGACUAUCAUAGAGGGCAAUUGAUCGAGGUACAAGCGCACCGAUCUGUAGAAUAUGGCGCUUGCAGCAAAAGCUGCUGGACCUAUCUAUUUCGGUCCUUUCGUGGUCACAUCGCAGGUCUUCUACCUCACGCCCCUCACCUACGCCCUUGUGAACCUCAAACCUAUCCUCCCCGGCCAUGUGCUCGUCUCCCCGCGUCGUCGUGUUCCCCGCGUCGCUGAUCUCACUCCGGAUGAAGCGACGGAUCUCUUCUUGACCGUCCGCCGUGUCGGACGUAUGGUCGAACGUGUCUACUCGGCGUCGAGUUUAAAUAUUGCCAUUCAGGACGGCGUGGAUGCCGGGCAAAGUGUGCCUCACGUCCACACGCAUAUCAUCCCGCGACGACGAUCGGAUUUGGAUCAUAAAGGGGGCACAGACGCAGUGUAUCAGCUGAUGAAUGGGGAGGAAGGGGAUAUCGGCCGAUUUCAAUGGCAAAUGAUGGAGGAGAUGGCGCGCCAAGAGGGCGAGCAAGGAAGGAGAACUGGGUUUCCAGCGGUGGAUAACGAUGCUAGGAAACCACGCAGCAUGGAGGAGAUGGAGGCCGAGGCGGCGAUGUUGGCCAAAGAGAUGGAGAAGGAGCCGCUGGAUUAAAGACAAAGCUAUAUAAACCAGAUAAAUAUAGAGGAUAGAAGUAUACGCUACUAGAAAACGGACGGUGUUUCAGGUCUCCGGCUAUUCAAUUUAAGCAACU